CAAACACAUCCAGUAUAGAAACUGCGGAAAACUAUUUGCCGGCUUCCGGUUAAUUCAGCGACCUCUUGAGUUCGAACGCUUUGGGGGGUUUAUGUUCGAAGAUCGAGGAAAAUGACAAUGAAUGCGCUCGGUCAACAACAGCAGUUGUGGGCUUUUGAUGCUAAAGACAAGGAUGGUUCCUCUGCACAUAUGGCAUCCUCGUCAAAGCCGAGACUCUUGACACCACAACAACCAACUGUGCUGCCUCAAGUGGACAGAGAACGUAUAUAUCAGUGGAUCAAUGAGCUCACCAGUCCAGACAGCCGGGAAAAUGCCCUAUUAGAACUCAGUAAGAAGAGAGAGGUUGUUCCUGACUUGGCACCAAUGCUGUGGCAUUCAUUUGGCACAAUAGCAGCUCUCCUCCAAGAAAUAGUAAACAUAUACCCGGCCAUUAAUCCUCCAAAUCUUACGGCAUCUCAGUCCAACAGAGUGUGUAACGCUCUUGCAUUGCUGCAGUGUGUUGCUUCCCAUCCAGAGACAAGGUCAGCUUUUCUGCAAGCUCAUAUACCACUUUUCCUGUAUCCAUUCCUUCACACUGUCAGUAAGACCAGACCUUUCGAAUAUCUCCGACUUACCAGUCUUGGUGUUAUUGGUGCUUUAGUCAAGACUGAUGAGCAAGAAGUUAUCAACUUUCUGCUGAACACUGAAAUCAUUCCCCUGUGUCUGAGAAUCAUGGAAUCAGGCAGUGAACUGUCAAAAACAGUUGCAACAUUCAUCCUACAAAAGAUACUUUUGGACGAUACGGGUCUUGCCUAUAUCUGCCAAACUUAUGAGAGAUUUUCGCAUGUUGCAAUGAUUUUGGGUAAAAUGGUGCUACAUUUGUCCAAAGAACCAUCAGCCAGGUUACUCAAGCAUGUGGUUAGAUGCUACCUGAGAUUAUCUGAUAAUCCAAGAGCAUGUGAAGCCUUACGCCAGUGCCUACCAGACCAACUCAAAGACAGCACAUUUGCCACAUGUCUUAAAGAUGAUAACUCUACCAAAAGAUGGCUUUCUCAGCUGCAAGUAAACCUUGAAGCACCCACUGGCCCUGGACCUGACCCACGUGGCAUGACAACACCUCUUCAUCAACAGUGACUAGAACAAACUACCUAUGUCAGUCAAGUUCCUGUUAAUUUGUUCUUUCAUUAGUCAUAACAAUUUCACUUUUUGGAUAAUGUACAGUUAGUAUAUUUCAAAGUCCAAAUUAAGAUUUUGUUGAUGGCACCUUCCAAGCUAAACUCAUCAAUAAUUGAUGUAAUUAUUUCAAUUAAAGACAACAUUAUGCAUAAAGUUAAAAUAAUUAAAGAGUUAUGUUUUUUUAUCUCUUAGGUGUUUAAUUCCUGAAAUGUUGUACAGUAAAAGAAACUUACAAUAAUUAUGGUUAGGCACUUAUGUCAUUUAUGGAACCAGUUAAUGUACACUAUCUUGUAUUAUGAUUUUUUGGCAAGUGAGUUGUUUUAGUACGAAUCAGUCACAUGAUUACAUAUUUAUAUCUCGUUCACCACGACCAGGGGUCCAGGUGAGCUUAUGGCAUGGCAUGUUGUUUGCUAUUUGCCCAUUGGUUACCUUUUGACUUUAUCGUCACACUGGCUAAACGGAUAUGCCUUUUGAUGAGGUUAGCUAGCACUAUAAUAGGACUCAAAUGUAUUCACAGCAGUAAAGUAAAAAAAAUAUUAACUUUUCUUCAAAGUUUGUAUAUGAAAGAUACUCGUGUUUGUUCGUGCCAGCAACAUUUGCUUGGGGAUGUGUUUUCAUGUAUUGCAUUACAUCAAACAUGACAAUAAACUGAAUGCAUCAUA